UUAAUGGCACAUGAUAGAGAUUCCCUAACCUGUAUAAUGGAAAAUGUCAUUGGAUAUAAACAAAAUAUUUACUACUAUAAUAAAACAAUACAAUAAGAAAAUUCGUGAUUGAAGUCAAACCAUUAAAUAGAAUCGGCUUAAUUCAAAGAACAGAAAUAUACAAAAGAAAGAUCUAUAGAAAGGAAGACUCGGCAAACUGGUGGGGGGUACCUCUAUAAUGCGCCAUUAAUGUAUCCUGAAUAUACCUUUGCUAUAUCUGACAAAAUUUUAGAUACAUAUUUAUUACUUAGGAGUGUUUCGAUCAACACACUUGUCUCGAAAUGUGUUGUGGCCACGUGAUAGAAAAAGACUUCAUAUUAUUGGUUGCGUAGUCACUAGUGGAAUAAUCAUUUCCUGCGCAUGUACGCUUCAGAUUUUGCAACAAAGCGAAGUUUCUCAAGUUACGCGUUGAUAGUAUUUGUGGAAUUAAUUAAUGAAUUCUCACUAUCAAUAUUUGAAAGGAAUGCUACAUAAUGUAUAAAAUUAUGAAUAUAGCGUAACAAAGGUGCCUGUGGACUCUCGAAUUCAGAUUAACAUUCCAGUAUAUGUUGGGGCGCAUUUAUUCACGAUAGCUGUACAUGCUUUUAAGCCCUACAUCAAACAACACGACGCUACACCGUGUUGCUCUGGCAUCUCUCACGGCCACCUAUACCGACUCGGAGGGCGAAGACGGGGUGGAAGACGACCUUCAGGAGAAUUCGAACACUCCCCAGGGGGCCGCCCCGCAUAAUGCCCAAGUCGGUCAGCCCCAGGCUCUCACCAGUCCCAAAUCUGGCAGAUCAGCCUCAAAUAGUCCCAACGUUGCUUCCAGUGUUGGUGGCAAGUCUAAUAGCAACUUGCCGAACGCGCCCACCUUAGUAACUGAUGUAACAUCGAAGGUGCAGAGAUUGGUUUCAUAUUUUGAUGAUGCAAUAGUUUCCGACGAUGAAGGAGCUGUGCCGAUGGUGGUUGAGGAACAGCCUUCAGAGAAUGGAAGGCCUUCCUUGACUACCGAGCAGUCUCCCUCGUGUCAGGGAGAAUUAGUUUCAGAUGGAGAAACAGAUCCUUAUGGAGUUAUAAUACCACCUGAGCCGCCAGGUCAAUGUCCACCGGAAUUACAAGAAAAAAUAACAAAACUUUUUAGGAAAAUGGAGAGUGGCGGUUUAGAUAUGAAUAAAGUCAUACAACAAAGGAAAGACUUUAGAAAUCCAUCCAUUUAUGAAAAAUUAAUUCAGUUUUGUAGCAUCAACGAACUGGGUACAAAUUAUCCUCCAGACAGAUUUGAUCCAUUUAAAUGGGGCAGGGAUUCUUAUUAUGAGGAAUUGGCCAUGGUACAAAAAGCGGAAAUGGACAAACUUGAAAGAGCUAGAAAGGAAAAAACAAAAAUCGAAAUAGUGUCAGGUACUGCAAAACGACCAAAUAAUUCUUCCAGUACAGCAGAAGAGGAUGCUAAAAAGAGAAAAAGUAAGUGGGAUCAAGUGGCAACUGGUGCCACUGUAUCGGUAAAACCCACAGUUUUAUUGUCUCAACCAACUUUGACCACGUUAACGUCCUCUGCAACCGUUUUUUACCAGGAGAUAUGCAUAAAUUAUGUAUAUAAAUAUCACACAAAAUCUGUAUCUAAGCAUCACAUCAAAAUAUGAAGUGUGAUCAUAAGAUGUUUUACAUAUGAACCUAUAUGCUUAGAUGCAUAUCAAAUAUUCGAGGUUGUUAAAUUGUAAUAUUGUGGUUCGUAGUAUCAAUGCAACAAUAAUAUUAAGAUACAGAUACAAAACUUUGGAGUUACGAGAAUUUUCUACAAUGUAAUAAUAGGUAACAAGAUUGUGUGCAAGAUUAAUUGCAUUUUUUUUUUGUUAAAAUGUACUUUCUUAUCAAUAUCCAAACUGUGCAUUAUACAAAGACAUCAUUGUACAUAUAAAAGAGAAAGUUUUCAGUACUUACUUACUCAUUUCUGUAACUUAUACCACAUUCAUGUAAUCUUUUAUACAAAAAUUUAACAGCCUUUCAAAGUGAACAAAAAAUAUAUAUCUUCAGGUUUAAUUAUAUAUCCAUGCAAAUACAUGGGCAAAUUGUACAAAAUAUUUAUCAGCAUGAGCUAUGUGUAUUUAUUAAUAUAUGGUUAAGAGAGAGCAAACAGAUUUUAUAUAUCUUUCGUUUCUUAGGCUUAUUUUUUCACGUUGAUGCAAGUAAUUGAAUGUGGUAUUUUAUUGUAGAUGUGUUUUGUAUACACAAUUAUCUUCAGUCAAAA